UUUCAAGCUUCAGCGUGCACUGCCCAGACGUCUACGAGCGAGUGGGGGUGAGGGUGCCGCGCGCCAGGUACAACGCGUCUGUUAGCGAAGCUGCGCGACCACCACACAUCACACCAACCGCGCUGUAAAAGAGAUAUGGCACAGGCACAGGCACCGGGUCAGGCUAUCCAGCGGAUACGAGAGUAUGCCCAGGAGGCACGUAGUCUGCACGACGACGCUGUCGAUUUUGACGCGUCCGACACAGAAACUCGCCUGGCGCAGACGGUGAAGGAGCUGCAGGCACGCGUACAGGAACAACAGGCAGCGCUGGACCAGUUGCGGUCUCAAUCCAAUCUUGACCUGGACAGCAUAGCCUAUGCAUCAGAGGAUCCGCGUGAGAAGCUGCAACAACUCGUGGCAGUCAAAGACGCAUAUAAACGUUUGAAGCCGACUGCGACAUAUUUGCCUCCUCAAGGGUCACUUCUGCCAGCCUUGUUAGCCGCCCGUAGCAUCCAGCAGAACGUAGAGGGAACCAAGGAAGCCAUUGCCAGCACGCAGUCUCAACUGCUUGCAAAAGAGAUGGCUCUUCGUCGCGAAGAAGCUAAUCUGCACGAUGCAGACCGCCUCACGCAGGCCAUGCAGGAUCGAAUCCAGCGACUACACUCCCAGCACCAAGACCGCUCGCAAAAGACGCCUGCCCAGCUUGCACGUGAACUGAUUGCUGCCAAACGCGCGCAGAAAGAGCAUUCUGACGCGGAAAUGCAGCGUCUAGGUGAAGCUAUGAAUGACUUCAUCAACGACUACCUCUCUACCAUGCUCGCAGCAGAAGAACUCGGUGGGCCCGUCGUAGGCGACAUGCUCGACAUAGACGACGACACACUAGCCACGGGCUUCACUAAAAAAGGGCGAGCAAAAUCCUCCAAGAAGCCUUCAUCAGACAAGACUCGACAGCGCCGAAUCGACCAAAUCUGGGGGCCCACCAAGCUGGCUGCCGAUCAAGACGACGAUGACCACGAGGAAGAGCCACCGCCCACCGAGGCGGAAGCAGCUGACGCGGAAAUGCGGAAGCUAAUGGGCGAUCUCUUUGCUACGCUCAUGGGUCCGGGGGGAGGCAAAGCCUAUGUUCAGCUACAGAGAGAUUCCGCGGCCUCCCGGUUCUUGGUCAGAGCAAAGAUUGCCCAGUUCCAUCCCAAAGACGCGAACAAGUUGCGUUUGAUAGAUUUUGGACGAGAACUAGACGACUGAAAGAUGUUUAGGAAGAUAGAGAACCAAAAAAGGGGGUAAGAGGUUAGAAACCAAUAUUAACAAUGACAACUCUUGGAUCAAUGUUUACACUACUACCUUUCCAAUAUACUGGGCAAUGAAAUCACCACCCCGUUUUCCCUUUCUAACCCCAACUGUGGCGGUGCA